CUUCUAUAACACUUCAACGAACAUGUUCAACUUGUUAUCAAAAUUUCAAAAACUCAAAAAAAAUAAAAAGUGGAAAAUACGGUGGCUAUUCCAUGCUACAAAUUUUGAAUCAUUGAUGUAUCCCUGCUUCACUUUUUGCCGUAUUAUAGGACUAUUUCCAUACAAGAUCGACGCUAUGACUUUCAAGAUUUCUAAACCAUGCUACAUUUUUUCGGGUGUUAUUACCUGCAUCGCGUGUGUUUACAAUCUAAUAAUUCUCUAUGACAUCAAUCUUUCAAAAAAUAUUAAAUAUAAAAGCUUACCAAUGACACUUGAACGUAACUGCUUCUACGUUUUCGGCGGUUUCAUAGCAGUCGUCACAUUCAUUUUGAGUGGACCACGAAUGCAUUUAAUUCAGACCAUACUGGAGGUCUCUUUGAGAUUGCCUCAAGAAUCAUAUCAAAACCUAUCUAGACUAAUCCAUGCUAAGGACAUUUUUGGAUUUUUUUGCAUAAUCGUGCAAGCGGUGAUAUUUUAUAGCUGGAUGCAGUUUAGUGUCUUACGCAAAAUUUUGACACUAUAUUUCGUCAUAGUGCUAUUCAUAAUGGAUAUGCUAUACAUGAAUUGUGUUUGCGUAUUAAAAGCUUGUUUCAAGCAAAUCAACGACAAUUUGAUGAAUCUGCCAGGACUCGUGACAAAUCGUGAGAUAUAUUUUCUAAGAAGAACCUAUUACGAACAGAGAAAUCCGUUUUUAUUAAUGCAACUCAAAGCUUUAAAAAAGCAGCAUCUGGAAAUCAGCAACACAGUACAAAUGCUGAAAAUAAUCUUCAGUUUGCAACUUCUUUCUACAAUAUCUCUAACCUUCAUUCAAAUCACUUUAAAUCUGUAUUUCUACUUAGUGCGAGUACAAGUGAGGUCUAUGAGCUACAGGGAAAAUCAAGUUUAUUACAAUUACUUCAUUACAGCGAUAACAUUUUGCCUCACAAAAAUAGUGUUGAUAAUAUGGGCUUGCGAAACUGGCAAGAAUCAAGCUGCCGAAAUCAGUAUUACUGUUCAAGACAUCCUUAACAGCACUAGUGAUAAAGAAACAAAGUACGAGUUACACCUAUUUUCCUUGCAAUUGCUACAUUGUGAAAAUGAAUUCUCUGUAAAGGGGCUUAGUGUGGAUUUCACGCUUCUCAGUAGGGUGAGUCAAUCAUCUGCUUUCGUUGAAUAAAUAUAUUUUAGUUUAUUUUGUGAUUUUCUUCUUUUUAGAUGGUGGGUGCUAUCACCACGUACCUAUUAAUCUUGAUACAGUUUGUGUUCCUAUUAAAUUCUUGUGAUGAAAACUCUGUAAUCGGUUUUGCAAAUAUAAUCUAGUUACGUGUACUUACGUGUAUAAUAAUACAAUAUAUGUAACGUAUAAAUUUCUAAGAAAUAUUAUUUAUUAAAUAUUUCACAAAAUAUAUCUAUUUUUUAGCCCGUUUAUUAAUAAUAUUAAUAUUAAUAUGUUUGAGAUAUUUAUUGUUUCAGUAAUAAAUAGUUCUACAAGAUAGUUAUUUUGGUUAAGCAAAAUGAAAACUGAUUAUGACAUUGACU